GGUCAACAAAUCUUCUACAGGAAGGUUAUCUAACUAACUUGUACAAUGAAGAAGAUCAUGUGAAACAAAUUCUCAUCACAUUGGUAAGACUUUGUUUUCAGAGAGACUAGCUAGCUAUAUUCCGUAGGGAAUGCAUUCAAGACUAAGCAACGUUACGAUAGCUGUUUGCUGUAAUGUGAGAGGGCAUAGGGUUGUGUAAUUGGACUGACUGAGUUAGCCAUGCUAUGGUUUUCUCUGGUUUGAAAACGCUGUGGUUGCACAGUUGGUUAUCGUGCUAGUUACAUCAGACAUAAAUGUUGAGAUGCCGGGUGACAAGAAAGAGACUGUCACCUGCUUGCUGUAAUCUGUCAAUCUGGUUUAUACCACCUAUAACUGGCCAUCACAACAGCACCAACCAACAACACAUUUAUCUCAUCCUCUCUUUUGCAAUAGGUUUCCUCUAUAAAGUUAAGGUGAAGUGACAUCCUAUCGCACCAGAGCGCAAUGAGCGUCCCAUGUAUACUGUCCACCGCUGCUCGAAGCGUCACAUUGCAGGGGGCGUCCGGUGUUCUGCUACGCCGGUUCCGUGUAUUGUGCCCUUGUUCGAUCACAAGGUGAGUUGAGUUCCAUCUCGAAUAUGUCGAGUAUUGUUGAGGUCAGGUGGCCGUUCACCCCUGUCAUUGUUGCGGGGUCAGGAGAGGGCAGGCUGGGACUGAUUGUCCGGCUACUACACUUUUGCCACUUAUUUUCCAGCACCAAAGCUUCCAUACACCCAGAACUACUCACCUGUUUUUAGAUUAUGAUUUACUUAAAGUUUGUUGGACCCAACUGACAAUAGGUAAAAGUCAAUUUACCGUUUGUGUUUUGACAUCCGCACACAGGUAAGACUGCAGUCUCUUUAUAGGGGCCAUUGAGGUUAUAGCCUUAGAUAACCUUUGAGGUGAUCAGCUUGGCUACAUUAUUUUCUGGUACAGACAGACUCAAAUGAAGUAGGCAUUUUUGUUGUCUUUUCAGGAAAAUGUCAUCCAGAAGACAAAUGGACCAUCUAGAGAGGACAGCCAGCAACUACAGACAAGAUGUGAGUGACCACCCAGCUGUGUUCAUACUGUAGCAACAAAACUAGCUUAUGCAAACCAAAACUGAAAACAGUUUUGGGCAACAUUCUGUGUUUUAUCACGAGUCUGUCAAUUGCUGAGACAGUUUUCCUUGUCUGUUUAUGCUAUAGGUUAGUAGUGUACGGAGUCUUAACUAUUACCACAGUUUACAAUUGUUCAUAUUCAUGAUUGAUUGACAGGUUAUUUAAUUAGUAAAGUGUGUUUGUGUCCAGGGUGUAUAUCCGGCACGGGUAUGUGGCAUCAUGGACGAGUCUGAGACAGUGAAACGCCUCCGGCUAGCUGUCCAUCCAGACUUCACUUUCAGAGCUGGCCAGUGGUGAGUAGUACAGUACUCUCAUUUGUUUGGCUACAUUCAUAGCUCAUUAUAAGGAUUCUGAAUACAGCAUUUACACCAAUGGCUAUGGGGAGAGGCUGCUUACACCUAUCCAAUCCUUUCAGAUCUGCAGAAGUGCUAAGGGGUAGGUAUGGGUAGAUACUAGGGCUGCAACCGUACACGUAUUCGUACCAAACCGUCCGGUACGUGGACCUCGGUUCGGUCCGUACUUUGAACCCGAAUUAAUACAUUAUAAAAAAUAUAUAUAUAAAAAUGAUCAAAAAUAACACUAGGGCUGUGCUAUGCCUACACUGCAUUGUAUGCCAUUGCUUUGUGAGUAAAUCUGAGCUGAAAAAACAUUGUAGGCUAUUCCGUUAAAACAACUACAGCCUAUGCGCACGUUGUAAUAAAAAUUAUAGUCUUAACUGGUGGAUUUCAAACUAUCCUUUUGUGAAGCGCAACCGGGAACUCUGUAGAUGGCGAAGGGUGGGAUCGAUAAACCAGAAUUGGAGGAUCCUCCAUCGUUUAAAUCUCCAGUUUGGGAACAUUUUGGCUUCACAGUCGAUUACAACGGCGAUGGACAGAGAGUUGUGGAUAAAACGUUUUAUAGUAUGUUCUCCACUGCUCAACGAGGAAAGCCUAUGCAGAGUGGCCAAUCACAAGUCAUCAAAGCGCCACUACAGACAUAGAGCCUCCUUAUAUGGCAAAGCAAAUUAGGAGAUUAUCUAAUCAAUGGAAAAUUGAAUUAAAAUGAUGGAAUUCAAAGAUAAAUGAGAAGUAUAUGCUACAACGAACAAGAGCCAACAGGUAGGCUGUUAUUUCAUAAUCUGAAUGGAGGUGUUAUUUGUAACUGUAGGACAGGAAGAAAGCGCAUGCAGACUCAAUUAGCCCGGCUAGCUAAUUUAGCUCGCCAUCUUAGCCAACUAGCUUCUAUCGGUUUGUUACAGUCAAGACAGGUACUACGUAAUCAUAUUGGAUGAUAAAUAACCUAGCUAUGACAAGCUAGAAGUUAGUCUACUAGCGCAAAUUGUCUCGUUUGGUUGCUGCCUCGCUCACAGUACACACCGCAAGGUCGCUCCUCCGCCUGCUCUCGCUCGCACUGUAUCAGCUCUGGCUAAUAAAAUUGCUUACAAAUUGACUUUUCUGCUGCUUUCCUCACUCGAAUUCAACCACAUCUAUACGGAACUGGUCGUCUUCGGGUCCGUUUGUAACGGGUCUCUAUAUUGAAAAAUGUAUUUAUGCAUAUUUGGGAAAGCCCCAGGUCCAUUUAGGAAUGGGUCCAAUUUUUUAGACCUCUACUUGAGGCCCAACAUAACAAUCCCUGUCACAACAGACAAUGCCAGGAACAUUGUGAAUGAUGUCACAGAAACUGGACUUGGGCCACAAAUAGGGUGCUUUUUAAUAUAGCGUAUUUUGCCUAAUAAACAAAAAUUAACUACAGUAACUGUUGGAAUUUUAUUUUUGCUGUACCUUAACCGAACCCGAGACCCCAAAACCGCAAUAUGUACCAAACCAUGGGUUUGGUGAACCUUUACACCCCUAGUAGAUACCAAUGAUUUAUAUAUAAUAAUAAUAAUAUAAUAAUAUGCCAUUUAGCAGACGCUUUUAUCCAAAGCGACUUACAGUCAUGUGUGCAUAAAUUUUUUCGUAUGGGUGGUCCCGGGGAUCGAACCCACUACCCUGGCGUUACAAGCGCCGUGCUCUACCAGCUGAGCUACAGAGGACCACUAGAUGACUGAUGGGGUGUGCUGUGUUGAAGCCACCUUGCCUCCAUCUUGGCACUCCCCCACCAUUGUAAAACAUAUUUUGGAAGCUACAGAAAUACAUGUAUUAAUGUCUACAUUUGUUUUUGCCACAUUUAUUCUAUUACAGACACCUUAAUGCAUACUUUUAAAUUAUAUUAUGUGACCUAAACAUAAAAAUGAAAAAAUAUAUACACUGAACAAAAAUAUAAAUGCAAUAUGCAACAAUUUCAAAGAUUUUAGGUAAUUGAGGUAAUCAGGUAAUUGAAAUAAAUAAAUUAGGCCCUAAUCUAUGGAUUUCACAUGACUGGGAAUACAGAUAUGCAUCUGUUGGUCACAGAUACCUUAAAAAAAAAAAAAGUAGGGCCUGUGGAAUGUUGUCCCACUCCUCAAUGGAUGUGCGAAGUUGCUGGAUAUUGGCGGGAACUGGAACACGCUGUCGAUCCAGAGCAUUCCGAACAUGCUCAAUGGGUGACAUGUCUGGUGAGUAUGCAGGCCAUGGAAGAACAGCUUCCAGGAAUGGUGUACAGAUCCUUGCGGCCGUGGCCGUGCAUUAUCAUUCUGAAACAUGAGGUGAUGUGGCAGAUGAAUGGCAUGACAAUGGCCUCAGGAUCUUGUCACGGUAUCUCUGUGCAUUAAAAUUGCCAUAGAUAAAAUGCAAUUGUGUUCGUUGUCCGUAGCUUAUGCCUGCACAUACCAUAACCCCACCGCCACCAUGGAGCACUCUGUUCACAACAUUGACAUCAGCAAACUGCUAGCCCACACAACACCAUACAUGCUGUCUGCCAUCUGCCCGGUACAGUUGAAACUGGGAUUCAUCCGUGAAGAGCACACUUCUCCACUGUGCCAGUGACCAUCAACGCAUUUGCCCACUGAUAGCCCUGGCUAUCCUCAGGCUGAGGGGCUGCUGGGAGAGAGCAUGGCCAAGUUCGGACGAGAGAUAGGAGAGGACACCAACUUUGGUGGUGUGGUUACACGUGGUCUGCGGUUGUGAGGCCGGUUGGACGUACUGCCAAAUUCUCUAAAAUGACGUUGGUAGAGCUGGGCUUAUGGUAGAGAAAUUAAGAUUCAAUUCUCUGGCAACAGCUCUGGUGGACAUUCCUGCAGUCAGCUUGCCAAUUGCACACUCCCUCAAAAGUUAAGACAUCUGUGGCAUUGUGUUGUGUGACAAAACUGCACAUUUUAGAGUGGCCUUUUAUUUUCCCCAGCACAAAGUGCACCUGUGUAAUGAUCAUGCUGUGUGAUCAGCUUCUUGAUAUGCCACACCUGUCAGGUGGAUGAAUUAUUUUGGCAAAGGAGAAAUGCUGACUAACAGGGAUGUAAACAACAUUUGAGAAGCUUUUUGUGCAUGGGGAACAUUUCUGGGAUCUUUUAUUUCAGCUCAUGAAAUAUGGGACCAACACUUUACAUGUUGCGUUUAUAUUUUUGUUAAGAGUAAAAACAUUUUCCGUAAAGUAUAAUUUGUAGAGAUUAUUAAUAUUACUGUCCCCACUACAACAACCAAAAAUAAUUAAAUACAUGUAAUUUUGUCCUUGAAACAUUUAAUUGAAAUACUGUAGAAUUCCAUUCAUUCCUAUGGAGCACUGCUCCUACUGGGGAGUGCCAAUAUGGCCGACCGGUGGCUUCAAAGCCUCUCAAUGGCCAAUACAUAGCAUCAGCAAUCCAGGGUUUGUAUACAUCAUUGAUAGAUAGGGUAUUUGGGGGGGGCGUUGUCAUAUAUAUAUAUAUAUAUAUAUAUAUAUAUAUAUAUAUAUAUUAUUUUUUUACAUAUAGUCAGGAGCACACUCCAACACUCAGACAUAAUUUACAAACAAAGCAUUUGUAUUUAGUGAUCCCGCCAGAUCAGAUGCAGUAGUUAUGACCAGGGAUGUUCUCUUGAUAAGUGAGUGAAUUGGACCAUUUUCCUGUCAAAAUGUAACAAGUACUUUUGGGUGUCAGGGAAAAUGUAUGGAGUAAAAAGUACAUUAUUCUCUUUAGGAAUGUAGUGAAGUAAAAGUAGUCAAAAAUAGAAAUAAAUAGUAAGAUACCCCAAAUAACUACUUAAGUAGUACUUUAAAGUAUUUUUACUUAAGUACUUUACACCACUGCCAAUAAACCACAUCAACAGAGGUACAGUUUUUUGGACAAAAGGACCACAGGGCCAUAGUUUAUUAUCUGACAUAGGCUGCUGUCAAUCAUCACGCACAGUGAGAGAAAUGACAUUCUGUAUUCUGUCCAGCUCUUGAACAAUUAUUUUAUAAGGACUUUAAUACCUUUACCAGGCACAAGAGGGAAAUGUUGCACUGAAUCUCUGUGGGUAUCUUUAUGCUAUACAGUUACAUUUAGUGUUGCUCUUCCCUGCUACUCUUUCCCAGGUCAUUGUGGUGUGUAUUGGUUUUCUCAAUCAACCCCCCCCCCCCCGGUUAAAAUAAAGGUAAAUUAAUAAGUUGAUAAUUUAAAAGAUUAAUAGAUAUGGCAACGGCAGGAAGCAUUUGGAGGGAUUUCAAACUUGUGAGGUUAUUUUAGACCCAGUAACAGGCAUUAGUAUUGUAGCUAAAAGCACACAUACAUAAACAUGUUUAAUUUAUGUAAUGGAAAAGUACAUUCAUUUCUGUAACUGUAAAUAUCAAUCACAUUUAUUUUGAAAGCCUUUUUACAUCAGCGGAUGUCACAAAGUCCUCAAAUAGAACCUAGCCUUAAACCCCAAACAUCCCCUUACAUUUUACAUUUUAGUCAUUUAGCAGACGCUCUUAUCCAGAGCGACUUACAUUUAGUGAGUGCAAGACAUUUCAUGUCUUGCAACUCUGAGGUCCAUACUGCAGGUGGGCGUUUGUGUUGUGUAUAAACAGUAGGGGCCGGUGAGUUGGACACCGGCGUUCAGUAAUGAAUGUAAAAAGAUGUAAAUGCAUUUGUUACAGCACCUCCAGUCCAUAUGACCGGAGGAAGAUGUUAUUCCUAUUCUAAUAGGUGGGUAGGAGUAGUGGGAGAAACGUGUGUGUGUGUGUGUGUGUGUGUGUGUGUGUGUCUCAGUUCAUGUGUCAGAGAGAUAGGGAGACUGGGGGAGGGCGAGAGGGAGACUGGGAGAGAUGCAGGGAGGGAGAUGGAGAGGGAGACUGGGAGAUGGAGAGAGAUAAAGGGAGGGAGAUGGAGAGAGAGAGGUAGUUAGUAUUGCCUUCUUGAUGUUUUCUUUUCUUUUCUUUUAAGACUUUUUUUGGGGGAAAAUUCAGCCAUUACAUUUUCUUUGGUGUGUAUGUAAAUAAACAGAUGUAAAAGUAGAGACGUCAAGGACACAUUCUGUACAUUUAAGAUUUAAUGUGGAUCAGCGCUAGGCUAUUGGACACAUUUCCGUUAGACCAUUUCUGUAAUUUACUACUUUUAAUUUGUAUUUAUUGCUGUCCAUUUUGAGUGUGUGCUCUUUUUCCCUACUGUGUGUGUGUGUAGGGUGGACUUCUUUAUCCCUGGUAUGGAGAAGGUAGGAGGAUUCUCUGUGUGUUCCAGUCCAGGUCUGCUGCAGAGAGAGGGUGUCAUCGAGCUAGCUGUCAAAUACACACAACAUCCCCCUGCACACUGGAUACACACCAAGGUGUGUGUGUGUGUGUGUGUGUGUGUGUGUAUUGAAAUGAAAAUGUUCACUUGUCGGUAGUGCCUCAAAGUCAAUCAAUAGCUUUCUCAGUCUUUCUGCUAGUCACUAUAUUUGUUAAUUGCUGUCUGUCUAUAGGUUGUAUUGUAUGUCUGAUUUCAUCCAGUAGCUGUGUCUUCUCUGUGCAGUAAGCUGUGUGUGACUGUGGUUGGAGACUGCACUCAGCUCUGGGAUCGUUUGAUGAGCCUGCUGUUUGAUAACUCUUUUGACCGUGAUAACAGAUAAAGCAGAGAGGGGUGUGUAUAAAGACGGAGGGAAACGUGGGAGGGAAUUUGCUGCUGUUGUCUUCAAAAGAACCCCCCCUACCAGCUAUAAGAUCUCUCUCUCCCAUUGUUUGUGUAACAGCGUCUGUUCAGAACGCUGCAGUUAUUUUUUUAUCUCUGAAAGAGACUUUUUCUCCACAAUAGGGAACAGAAAGCAGAUCAUUCUCAUACCUGAGCUAUUUAUCAAAUUAAUUACUCUCCUUCUUGAUCGCUCCCUAUUCUCUGCUCUCUCCCUCCCCCUCUCUCCCCCCUCUCUCGCUCCCCCCCCCCACACAGUGCACCGUGGACUCCCAUGUAGCGAUGCGUGUGGGCGGAAACUUCUUCUUUGACCCCCUGCCCUCUGACCCCUCUGUCGACCUGUUGUUGGUGGCUGGGGGCGUGGGCAUUAACCCUCUAUACUCCAUCCUGCUCCACGCCACUGACCUGCUACGACAGUACCCCGCUAACGCAGGGAGGGGCUACCACGUAGGCUCUACCCACCUCUGCUACAGUGCCAAGAACACACAGGAGCUGCUCUUCAAGGUGUGUUUGAGAGUGAGUGAGAGAGAGAGGACAUGGUGUGUGUGUUGUGAGUGUGGUUGCAAGUAUUUGUAUCAGUAUAUAUUUGUAUCAGGAUGUAUGGCCUUUUCUCAUUUGGGCAAAAGUCUGUACUUCACCAUCUCUCCUCCGUCCUUUCUCCUCUGUGACCCGGAAACCGAUAAGUGGUUGAGGAGAUGUCAAUUCUUUAGUAGGCGAACAGAAGUGUCCUCCCCUCCUCGAUAGCCACCUUUCAUCGAGGAUACCAGAGUCCUUCUUGGAAGAGUUUUAAAAUCUGCAACCUUUGAAUCAGCUUUUGUUUUGUAGGAGGAGAAAAGCAUACAUGCAUUUAAAAACAAUAUGCUACUUAUUAUUUUAUCUAUAAAAUGUCUUUGUUUUAAUUACUUUACACAUUUAAUUUGGGAUCCAACCCUGUAAACGUAAUUUGCCUGAUGACGUGUGAGUGGAGAAGGAGUCUCAUUUCACACAAGCGCAUUUUCGUCCACGUUCCCCCUCCUCGCCGGCUCGCCUCGAUUAACUUUGACCUUUUUCAAAAGGAGGCGAGAGAGGACGGAGGAGAAGACUUAAGCACAUCUGAUUGAGAAAAGGCCUGUGUGUUUUGGAAUAAGACCAAUAAUUGUUCCUCCCUGUCCCUGCUCUUCUUCUCUCAGAAAACCAUCAUAGACGUGUGUAAGGAAUUCCCAGAGAAAUUCUCCUGUGACUUCCACGUCACUGCACAGACCGCAGACAUCGACCAAGAACUCCAACCGUACAUGAACCGUAAGUACCACAGAAUGACCUUAACACAACCACAAAUGUUUACUGAUAUAAUCUACAACGGGUUGGUAUACUUUGUGGCUUUGAAAUGAUCUAUAGUUUAACUGGAUAUGCUUCCAUGGUUGCAAAACAAUGGUUGCAAAACAGAUACAUUCUUAAUGAAUUUAAAUGGAUGCUAAUCCACCAAAUGACAGUACUGGUAUGAAAGUGGUUUUAGGUACUUUCUUAUGUAUAUUUUUCAUGUCUUGUUUUUUUAAACAACACUUCUAAUAAAUGUUGAUUUGAUCUUCCCCAGGUGGGAGGCUAUCAGAGGGGGGGUUGCGUCGUCACGUCGACCCUAACACCACUCUGUGUUACCUAUGUGGCCCUCCACCCAUGAUAGAGAGCAUGGUCCAGACCCUGCUCAGCCUAGGCCUAUCCCGGGACAGGAUACUGUUUGAGAAGUGGUGGUAGUGUGUACUAGAAACAGACCUCUUCAUCAUCACUCACCCCGGCCUAACUAUCCACUGCUGCAUCACUGGCUAGUGGAUAUGGUAUAUCAAUGGUGCUAGGACCCCCACCACAAUAUGAGGACCCACCCUGCUCUCUCCUCCAGUGCCUUGGAGAUCAGACCAAGCACCUGCCCACAUUACCAUGGCAACAUUUCUUGGGCCAUUGGACCAUAUUUGUCCGCAGCUGCACACAUCAUUUUAUUUAUUUUACCUCACCUGAACAUGUCUCUACUAGGGCUGUGGAGGUCAGCCGGUGAUUGUCAAGCAAA